AUGGAACUCUUAGAAGAGAACUUUAAACAUUCGGCCGAUAGACUCGACAAGCCCUCGGAAUAUUUAAUCAAAAAAGCCGUUAGAAGACAGAAUUUCAAUGAUUUACAAAAGUCUUUAGGAUCUCAAACUAUUUAUGUAGGUAACUUAUCACACUUCACAACAGAAGAACAAAUUCAUGAAUUGUUUCUGAAAUGUGGAUCUAUAGAUAGAAUCAUAAUGGGAUUGGAUAGAAACAAAUUGACACCUUGUGGCUUUUGUUUUGUUAUUUAUAAGACUAAAGAUGGAUCAUUAAAUGCUAUGAAAUUUUUAUCUAAAACUGUGCUAGAUGGUCAAAGUCUAGCUAUUGAUUUAGAUCCAGGAUUUAUUGAAGGAAGACAAUUUGGUAGAGGGAUAUUUGGUGGACAAGCUAGUCAAGAAGCUGCAGCUGCUGGUGAAAAUGGUGGUAGAGGUGGUUAUAGAGGUAGAGGAUUUAGAGGUGGAUUUAGAGGAAGAGGUGGUAGAGGUAGAGGCUUUAGAGGAGGUUACAGAGGUCAUAGAGGAGGAUUCAGAGGUCACAGAGGUGGAUUUAGAGGUGAAGGAUCUCUGUAUAUACCUUCAGAACAAUCAGCACCAUCAUUUGAUCCUAUGGGAGGAUUCGAAUAA